AUGGCGCUGUCCAUAAAACGGGAAAUGUGAGGCGUAAACAUUUAAUGACUGAAACCCAAAGAUUUAUGAGUCGAAUAUUGAGGCAAGAGGAUUGAUUGUUUUUCCGUAGGCAAUAGCUUGAUUUUAACAAGACAAAAAUGCCCGAGUCCCCAGUUCUUCUCGAGUCUCUACGACAAUCUAGCAAAGGGAAACUUAAAUAUGACAAAGACUGGCACAAAGUGAAAGGAAUCAAGUCUAUGCUAGAAGAAUGCACAUCACCACCCCCUGUAACUUGUGUAAAAUCUCCACAGGGAUUGUCACCAAAGACUGGGUCACCUAUGAGAGGAUCACCUCCAGGAGCUCUACGCCUUGAAGAUUCCUGUCAGGAAGGUUCAUCUAAAGGAAGGUCACCACGGCAAACUUUUAGAAAUACCUCCUCUUCCUCCCCUUCCUGCAGUGCUUCAAGAAUCAGUAACAGCAAGUCAGAUGUGGCUCUCAAAAACAAAAGCCCUAGAAAGUUGCCAUCAUCUCCAUUAUCUUCAGUAGAAAGUUCUGAAACCUUGUCACCAAUAUCUGAGAUAGUGUUACCAAAGGCACAUCAGUCAGCACUGGCAAUCAUUGAAUAUGAAAGGCAGUCAAGACAGAAAGUCGAGGCAGCAAUCAGACUGAAAAGACAACAACUGGAAAAAGAGCAACAACUGAUUCAAAUAGAGGCAGAGAAAAAUUUAUAUGAUCUUCAUUUUAAACAAGACAUUGAAAACAAGAAAAAUUUAGAACAGAUCCUCAUGGCAGCAGAUGUUAGAACACAGGAGGUUCAACAAAGGCAUCAGGUCUUAAAAGAACACCACAAGAGACAUGCUAAGAUGUUGCAUGCCAAGAUGCAGGAAGCUGAGGUAAGAAGAAAACAGUUGGAGGAAGAAGAAAAGAAAAGGCAACAAGAAAUCAAAAAGCGCCUGGCAGUAAUAAUUCAGACUGCAGCUGAGGCUAAGACAACAAAGCAGAAAAUUGACCAACUGUUCAAUAGCUGUAAUUAUAAACAGUUGCUUCCCGGUAAUGUCCCAAAGAGCGUUGAACUGAUGACACAAAUCUGUAGUCGGAUGGAGGCCAUAGUGCAGCAGGCCCAGCAGACUGAGGCUACAGAUGACCACCUGAAAACCACCAAUGAAUUUUUGUCUCAGGCAUCAAAUAUACUGGACCUGGUGCUGACAUCUGUUGACGAAGCAAAUAAAAAGGGCCAGGCACAAUCAACUGCAGUAACCACAGCCGCAUCAACUCCAACAUCUGCACCAACAUCAACAUCAGCUCAAACAACUGCACCUGCAUCAGCAGUUUUAUCUACAGCAUCAUCAACAACAAUUUCUGCAGCAAAUAAAAUAUCAGCAGCAUUAACAACACAACCAACAGCUGCUGGCGAAACUCUUUGUGCCCCUGUAAAGGCCUACGAGGCAUUUGUAAAACUGCAGGAAAAUCAGAAGAACGUAGAAAAGUCAUAUGAAGCACUGACAGGUCAAGAUCCCAGACUAAAGAAAUUUAAAUUUGACCUCCAAAAGGCUGUCAAUCUCCCUGUCAAUGCCAUCUCAAAAGUCAAUGGUGCUCACUUGAGGGAUAAAUUAGAGAAAUUGUGCUCUCUUCUCGCAGGCCAGCCAGUAGAGGUGUCCAAUAAAAUGGUCAAAGCUGCUGAACACCCAGCUGGCAUAAACUUUUGUAAAGACCUUCUAGCUAAAAAAAUACUGAAACAAGGGGAUGAGCAGGUUUCAUCCAACUUUGAAUCUGCCUUCCCUAUUGCUAUGGUUGCAGUUGGAGUAUGGUGCAUGUAUCCAGACUUUGGAGAUUUAUUAUUGGCACAUUUUCACAUAGCUUGUCCCUAUCUAGUGCCAUAUUAUAGACCCAAGGAGAAGGGGCAAUCCACAGAAGAUUAUUACAAGUCACUUGGUUAUGCUGUGGAAAAUGGACAGUGUGAAAAACAGGACAAGUUUCUCAGGCGUAUGACAGGAUACAUGAGACUGUAUGCAGCUAUGAUAGUGUCUCCGCCACCCAGGGGUGAACAACAACCACACCCACAUGGGGUAGAGAAAGGGUGGGAGUGGUUGUGUAAUGUCCUAAACUUGGACCCACGUCCUGAUAUCACAGCAACUUUACUGCUCAAUUUCCUGGUAGUUGCCGGUAGUGCUUUAGCCGAGGCUUACAGUAAACAGUUCUUUAAACUGCUACACUUGUUGUGUACAGAAUAUCUACCAAAGGUGAAACAAGUGACACUUCCUGGCUCUGGAGGCCCUGUAACAAGACUUGAACAGUUUCUGCAAAAAUGCAUAAAGAAUGGAAAAAUUGACCCACCUGAGGGCAAACUGUCUGCAGGGUUUUGGUUUACAUAAUACUAUAAAUGUAAGAAAUAUAUUGGAAAAAAUCUGAUGAGUCAGAAGGAAAGUUCAAGAUCACUUAUGACUACAAGUGAUAUUGUGAAACGAGAUGACCCACACCUAAAUGACCAUAUUGUGAUAUUAAUGCAGAUAUUGGCAGUGGCAGCACUGGAAUGGUUUGGUUGAGAAAGUUGUCAAACUGAACUUUGAAUGCUGCAAGAAAAACGUUUGUUUUACAAUUUAUUCAGCAGUAAUAUGUCUACAAUAUUUUUUAAACAAAUAUUGAUGGUCAUUCUUUGAAUGUACAUUUCAUGGAAGCAUAUUUCGCAGAUCUCAUUAGGCUCAUAUCCUAAUAUGCAUAAAUACUAAGAAUAACACAAGUUUUAAGAAAGAAGUGAUGAAACACCAUUGUGCAUUUUUUAAAGUUCAUUUGGAAUGCAGAAAUUUCUAGCACUGAGCACAGAUAAUGUCACUACUGAUUUUCAUGUAAUUUUAAGUAUCCCAUUUUAAGUGAAUUUGAAACAUUUUUUAACACAUCAAGAAACUGAAAUUGAAGACAAUUGUCAUUAUAAUAUCAGUGACGAAUGCUGAAAGCAUUUUCAAAAUAAAAUUUCAAAAAAAUCUUUAAAAUGAAAAAGAUCUUUUUGUGCAUAUAUGGUUAUUCUGUUAUUUAAGAGUUGAAUUGAUUUAAAGACUACAAUCAUUUAAUAACAGCAGAGAAAUGACCAACACUCGUCCCAUGUAUUUUUGGCAUACUAUAAUAGUUUCCUUUGAAUACCAUUAAAUGGACCUCAAAUCAAAAUGAGUUUUUGAACCCCAUAAAAUUCAUUCAAAAAUA